AUGAUCCUCAAUCCCCUCGUUGCCGUAUUCGUUACCACUCUCCUGUUCACAGAGACGGACAUGAAUCAUCUCCUACAACAGGCGUAUCAGGACCUCCCUCGAGAGCAGCACGCCCUAUACGUGAUCCAAUCCGUGGACCUGCCUCCCCCCGACACCCCACCAACCGAGUCCGUUCCACUACUGAGAUACCCCUUCGUGCCGUACAGCCCGGAGGACAUCUCGCGCUUCCUGCACCUGCACUGUGACGACAGGUGCGCCCUCUCGCCCCUGCAGUUCAUCGUGAUCGAUCGUCGUACAAAGAGCGGCGACGGGACGGUUUUAUAUGCGCGGUCGGAACCGGGGAAUGUGGAUGGACGAGAGCUGGAGAUGGUGAGAUUGGAGCCGCACGAAAUGAAUUUGAUUCCUGUUGCAGUGGAAAUCGGCGCGGCUGGGUUCGAUGAGGUGCGUGAGGCGGCUGGGCUGGGGCUUGACCUGUGA